ACGUAAUGCGAUCUACUCCAGAAUAGCGCGCGGCGGAGGCGCGGGCACAAGGACCCGCGGAGCUCUUUCUGUGGACCGUCUGGCCAACGUGUGCUCAUUUAUGCUGCAUUUGUUUGUUUUUCUCGGAGUAAGUCGGGCCGGGAGGAAUUUGUGGCGCGAUGUCGGCGCUGAGGGAGAACCAGUCUUACGGACUGGCUAGCGGUAAACUGAGCCCCGGAGGUAACAUCUCUGUUUUUCAUGUAAAACUCACUGACAGCGCGGCAAGAGCCAUUGGUGCCUUUCAGAACAGCAAGGGCUGGUCAUCCCAUGCUGCCAUCUGUUUUAAUGGAAAUGAAGGGAGAAUCACCAUCCCCAGCUCAGAGAAUAGAGAUGAAGUGAGGAUUUUCACCUUUGGGGUGACUAAUGUUGCUCGUGACAAUCCACAUGGAAGCUUUGACUGCGUCAAACAGCUCAGCAUGGGUGCUGCUGAGGAGCUGUCAUGUCUCGCGGUGAUUCAGAAGAAGAUGACAGUCAAUGCUACAGAUGACUCGUACGACAAGGCUCGUCAGAGCAUGGCCCAAGCUGAGGAGGAGACGCGCAGCCGAGGGGCCAUCGUCAUCAAAAACGGAGGCCGCUUCCAGGGCAAGAAGGUAACAGUGAGAGCUCCGGCCCCUUCACUUGCCAAACUGACCAAGCCCAAACACUCGUCCUACUCCCAACUCAGCAACAUCAAGAGGGGGGCUGGCAUAUCAAAGCCAAAAAAGGGUUCCGUUCUGUCAAUCAGGAAGAGCGAGAGUGAUGUGCAUGUGAGGCCCCUCCGGGAGAGAGUAAUGCACCUGCUGGCUCUGAGGCCGUACAAAAGGCCUGAACUGAUGCUGAGGCUGCAGAAGGAUGGGCUGACCGAAGGAGACAAGGAAGUGCUGGAUUCUUUACUGAAGGAGGUCGGUCAGCUCAGUGGCAGAGACGGCAUGUUUGUUCUGAAGGACAGUCUGUAUAAGGAGCUGCAGAAGGACUGGCCGGGCUACACCUCAGGGGACCAGCAGCUUCUCAAACGCAUCCUUGUCAGGAGACUGUUUCAGCCCCAGCACAACCUGCUGACGGUCCCUGAGGCCCAGGUCAGCCCGCUGAGAGAAACCCCCAACUCCUCACCGGCCCACCAACCAAAACACGCCCUUCCCGAGGAAUACACCGACCCCCUGGCCAGCAAGAAGCCCCGAAUAUCCCACUUGUCAAGCAAACGAGCCAGUGAAAAGUCCCAAUGGAGGCAAUCGAAACGAGCGGCUCAAACGGACGCAGAAGCGAAAACAGAUGACAAGCCGAAAAACUCGCUUGAUCCAAAAAAACUUUUUGAAUCCCUGUCAGCGGUUUGUGAACCGGAAACAGAAGUGGCUAAACGGCUACAGCCGGCUGACACUGAUCACGAGGGCCCUAAAGACUCAAAGGAGGGCGGGGAGGAUAGCUCGUACCCUCUGACUGUGCCCGAGCUGAGCAGACACACAAUCAAAAGGAAGAAGAGCAAACACAAACACAAAGACCACGAGAAGGAAGAGUGGAUGGACGGGAGAGAGAAAAGAAAAAAAGACCAGACCUCAGAGGAUCCAAAGUGCAAAGUGUCCCCGGACAGCAGAGAAUCGAGUGGAGAUUUGUUUGAAUCUGAAGUUCCUAAAGUGGACACUGACACAGCGGACUAUUUGUUGAAGUACACAGUCAUUUGCAGCCACAACCAGCGACAGAGUUAUAAACAGGACUUUAAUGAGGAGUAUAGUGAGUACAGAGACCUACAUGCUCGCAUCGACAGCGUGACGCGGCAGUUCAUGGAACUGGAUACACAGCUCAAACAACUUCACCAUGAAUCCCACAAAUAUAAGACGGUACGCAAUAAGAUUCUUCAAGAGUAUCGCAAAAUUAAAAAGUCUAACCCUAACUACAACCAGGACAAGGUUCGCUGUGAGUAUCUGCACAACAAACUGGCCCACAUCAAGAAGCUCAUUUCGGACUUUGACCAACAGCAGCUCACUGUGGAACAUUCCUCUUCCAAAUGAAGAACCUGGUUUGAGUUUGUGGCGUACUAGAAGCAUCCUGAGGCAAAGAGGGUUCCUGCUGAGCUCAGGCCAUCCACCUCAUGGCUGUACUUGGUCUCAAGGCCUCAGCGUCGGUGAAGCUGGGAGCCUUUUGUAGACUUCAGUGACAGUGUGUUGGGAUGAGUGGGGAAAGUUCCCUCUGAUACGAGAAAUCGUCUUUCAGACUGUUUUUUUUCUUACUAAAGGGCUGCUACUACAGAAAUGUAUUACUACAGGCACAGGAGUAAAGCACGUCUGCAAAAGCUCUUAAAACUGGAAACAGGUGGAGAGAUGAAGUGCUAAGCAUAAAGACAUUUGUAGAUUCCCAUCACACAUUGUACUAUUUUGUCGAUUAGAUUAGAGUAUUUGUGUUCCUAUGUGUUCUGUUAGCCGGGCCAGUGUUCAUAUUUCAAGCGUGAACGUGAGAAAUCUGCACGCUGUAAAUAUUCAUAAAGGUUCUAUGAAUAGCAGGUGAGGGUUUCUUCCGAUGGACCGCUUCCUGAGAAGAUGUUUUUUCCUUCAGUGUUCUUUCCGUUCGAGGUCACCAGUGUUGUUGGCUGUCCGUCCGUUUGGUUUGAAUUAUUCGUUCUCCUGGACCUCAGAUGCUUUGUCAUUGUGAGCUAGAUCCCUUAUCGAUUCAACCUUUUCAAUGUUAUUCGCAGUUGACUGUUAUGGAAAAAACUAAACUACGGUACCUUUAAGUGUAUGCAGGGACUGUUAAAUAUGAGCCUAAUGUAAAGUGUAAAUUAUUACAGGUAUUAAUUACCACAGCAACCAGUUUAGUCAUUGUCACUGUAGGCUGGUGUAAUGGGUGAAGCAUGCUGUGUAAGUUACAGAUCGCAUGAUGAAUAAAAAAAGAUCUAGCCUGAGUUUCAAAUAAAUGCAUUUAUAUUAAUUUGUUACAAAUUCUUUAUGUACAUUGUUUUGCAAACAAAAUCUUUUAUCAUUGGAUCCAAUUCUAGAAAACGGAGUUAAAUUUCAUAGCUUCAAAUGAUAGUACCCAUCUACUUAUUUCUAGUUUAAACUAACUGUUUGAAAAGACUUAGUUUUUUUAAUCAACUGAUACCAGAAUACCAGGUUCCAUAUUACCCAAAAAGAAGCUGUCAUCAUCAUUAUUUUCACAGAGCAACCAGUGAAUGGGGAAAAGGUCACACCAACGUGGGGAAAAAGUACAAUGCAUUGCCCUUUACUGCUUUUGUUGCAAGUUAUUCUCAAAAAAGGAACACAAACUAAUGACAGAGAGACUGACUGGAAAAACUUUGGCACGCUCACAUAGGAACCUGAAAAGAUUUGGAGCUGCAUUUCCAAACCUAAAAGAUAACAGACCGCAGGGUGGGGGGCUGCAGGAGAUGUCCUGAUUUACUUAAUCUCCAUCAUACAAUCCCUGCCUGAGAGAAAGGUUUAGCAAGCCCCACUAAAAUAAUGGAAAUUUCUUAAACGAGUGAGAACCUCUUGCUAAAUUUGAAUCUGUCACGAAGCAGCGGAUGGAGCAUGUUGAAAGUGAUGCUUCAAUUAGUG